UUGCGUUUUGCUUUUCUGCGGACAUUUGAACCUUAUCGUGACUUGUAGCUGGCGUUUUGAAAAGAGACGCGCAUUCCCGCCCAUUCAAAUGGUCUUCUGAGGCGGGCAUCAAGAUGUGGGAUCUAGCCAAUUUUUUGCUAAGUGAGGACACAAGAAGUGGGCCAGUCAAUCUUCAUUCCAGAGAAGAAAAUCUGUAUCAGCUACAUGCACUCCUUAAAGUUGCCUCAUCUGAAAAGGUUUCAUCUAACCCAGAGUUGUAUUCCUGCAAAUUGAGGGAUGGCUGCCUGUUUGUUGCUGACAGAGCAGUGCUUCUGCUUGACGAUAUUUGUCAGUCGCUUCGGCUGUUUCUUCAGUUUGAGACCGAGGUGGAUGUUGUUGGCUUGUGUCAAGAAGGGCAGUUCCUUGUGAUUGGGGAGAGAAGCGGCAAACUGCAUCUUAUUCACAUAUCAUCAGAGCAAACCUUAUUAACGAACGUAUUAGUUCAAGGAUCAUCAAAUAGCAGGACAUAUUUCAAUCUUAUUCUGGAGGAAGAUGUUUCUGAUGGAGGUACUUACCAUGCGUUUAUUCUCACAAACAGUGGAUUCUUCUGUGUUAUGCACCUCCCACUUGCCAAAACCCAGGAAGCAAUUGGCAAGAUGGACAUCAAUGCUGCAAAAAAGCUCCAAGGCCAGGUGAAAACGUGUUUUAUCCCAACAGAAACAUAUCAUACCAUGGGCUGCCUUACUGCUCUGAUGAUGCGUUCAGCGGACAAAUUCAUGCUGAUAAUUGGGGGCACGGGUGACUGUGUGAUGUCUGUCUGGGAAGUGAAUCCUAAAAGCAAUCAGAUGUCCCUUGAAAACGUCGUUGAUUCAGCCAUAAUUAAAGCUGUCAAAAGGCUACAAGUUGUCGGCAGCUUUUUGUUUGUCUUGGACAAUGAGAACGUUCUGUCGUUGUGGGACAUUCGCUUGACGAUGAUUUGGGAUGGCCUUUUAGUGGACACCGAAGAAUUCCUGCUGACUUCAGAAUCUGAUUUCUCAGCAGUUGCUAGACAAGGGAUUGCCGAUCUCAAGCUGGUUGUUUUGACAAAACCUGAUGAUGACAAACAGACGAGGCGGAUUGUCAUUUUUUCGUUGCCGACUCUGCGUCAACUCUACUCUUUGAAAGUGGCUCAUGUGUCUUCACUGGUUCAAAGUGGAAUAAAUACUGAUACGAUAUACUUUUUGGAAGGAGUGUGUGAAGAUGAACAAGAGUCUGACGUUUCAUUUCUGGUAAUGAGAUGCUUAACAGAAGCCUUACCUGAGAACAGACUGAGCCGUUUACUUCACAAGCGCAGGUUUGCCGAAGCGGAGAGUUUUGCCAUUCAGUUUGGACUGGACCCAGAGCUUGUCUACAAAGUGAAAUGGAGCUCCGUUGUGGAGGGCUUGGCUAUUGAAUCUGCUGGGGAUGUCAAACCAUUGGCCUAUUUGACGCUUUUGGCUCAAGCUAAAGAAACCCUCAAUAAGAUAAAGGAUAGCCGCUUUGUGGUGGAGAGUUGCAUCCAUACCCCGUGGUCGACCUAUGAGAUUGCUCAGGAAAUGUUGGAUUAUGCGCAAAGCAGGACCUUGAAGAGAGAUGAUGCAAGUCCUGCCCUGCUUUUGAUGGAGGAUUCGCAGCUUGACACAGGGGUACUACGGGCACAAACAAAGCUGGUGACAUUUUGUGGUGCGUUUGGGUCUGAGAAAUUCAGUGGAAUGUCUUGGCUGGAGUUUCUGCACAAUGAGGACAUCUUCAAGGAUGUCCUUCUGCAGCUAAAAGAAGGCAACCUCUACUCUGCACAGUACAUCUGGCUACGACACCAGGCUGACUUUGAGAAAAGUUUGGAUGAGAAAAUGCUAGAUCAACUACUAAGCACCAUCUCCGCUAUGGCUUCCCACAAAGAGCUGUGGUUGUGGCUUGGGAAUGUCGUCAUUCCUUUCGUGAGGCGGUUUUUGCCUCAAGGAGAGAGAAGAAUCGCAAAGUGGCUGGAGCAAGGCGCACGGAACCUUGAGUUAACUGAUAAGGCCAAUUGGCCAGAAAAUGGGCUUGAAAUGGCACAAGUGUUUUUUACCAGUCAAAGGCAAGGGGAAGUUGGAUUGGCAUCCUCCUGGCACUCAGUUCCUUUGGAUGAAAUCAAGAGCCUGUCAGACUUGGUUGCUGCUCUUCAGGGCUUACUGGACCUCUACCGGAAGUACAACUGUCGGCUAGCCCUCUGCGACUUUGAAAAGGGAGAUGCAAAUACAAUAGUAUUUCGUAUGUUUGAUAAAGUUCCAGCAGCAGAACUUAUCCCAGUCACGUUGGAGAAAUACAUUGGACCGUACAUCUGUCAUCGUCACCUACAAAAGGACGAAAUCCUCUUGCAGUACAUAAAGGACCUGCUACAGCGGUACUCUAAACGGUCAGCCUCUCUCUUUCACACGAUGUGGGAAGCAAAGGCCAUUGUUGUCUUGGGCUGCAUGUCAGACAUCGAUCUGAUCUUUGAAGGAGUGCUUGCCAUCAUGCAUGGUGCCGUGAUUCCUUGGAGCCCCAGGAUGAAGCUGCUGGUGGAGAAAUACCUUCACAUGGAUCAUGCCAAAGUGAAACUGGUGCAGGAAGGCUACCAGCUGAUGGAAAUGAAGACACUUUUGCGGAGCUAUGGCAUCCGAGACACCAAUCUCUUAAAUGACAAGCAGAUGAUAUGGAUGUUAGUAAGGUACAUUCUGAAGCAAGAUAGUCCGUCUUGUUUGGAGGAUGCUUUGAAAAUCACAAAUACUUACAUGCUGACUACCUCAAAAGUCUAUCUUUGGAGGAUUAUUAACCUCAUCGACAAAGAAAAGAGAGAUGAUGUUAUCAACUUAUUAAGGUCUCUUCCUGCUGCCGAAGCUAUGGAGAUUGCAGAUAGGACAGUGACGUGGGGAAGACUGGAACUGGAGGCAGAAAUGUUUGACAGUGAAGAAGAGCGGAAUAGGCAGCUAUAUUUAAAAAAUAUCCUGGUGGAGGUCCUCAAGUUCCUGCUUAGUCACCAGAAAGGAAAUCUUGGGAAGACAGAAGAGUAUGAAGCUGACUUAAAAUGCUUUAAAAUGCUUAAAGCCUUGCAGGGUAAUUUUGACAUCUACGUAUCUCCCAAAGAUUAUGAGAAUCUGCCACUGAUGACUCGCCUCCUCCAAGAGAAGAUAGAGACCUAUAAUGCCAAGAGGUUUAAAAAAACAGAAGAAAAGACCAGCUUGGAGAACAGUGGGGUGAAGAGGCAAGAGCUGGCUCGAUGUGGGCUUUACAGACUGGCGGGUCUUCUGCAAAGGACGGAGCAUGAGAUGGGAACAGAGCUGGCCCUGAGAGUGCUGGAUGCAGGAAACGUCGAAGAAGCACUCAACAUUUGCAGGGAUCUUAAUGAACAUCACCACAACGAACAAACAGGGAAGUUGUUGUUCUUGGCAUGCCGAAAGCUCUGUCACAUAUUGGCUUCUGGUGGUCCACUCGUUGUGCCCAAAGGAUUGAAUCUUUCUGCAGCAAUCCAUGAAAUGGCCAUUCAGGCGGUGAUGGUCUGCAGUCCCGAUCUUCUCUUUGAUGCCAUGGAACUUUCCAAAUAUACCUUGUUGGCCCAUGAACUUUUGGAAAAAUGCCAGAUUGAAGACACUGGAUUUAUACUGAAGGAAACCUCUUUGGGAGCUGACAAAGACCCUUUCACAGAGUGGACCUUCGAUGAGUUUUUCACCGAAGAUGGGGCUGUGCUGGACCCAUUAACCGUGCUCCCGCCUUUAUAUGAAACUACUUCUACCAUCUUGACAAAAUCGAAAAUGCAUCCUCUGGAAUCUACCCGUUCGACAGUUAGCCCCUUUGAACAAGGAAGGAACCUUUGUGUUUCCUGUAUGCACCCCAUCUCUGUUUUGCUCAGUAAGCUCCAGGAAGGCAGUCAAUGUGAGUUUGCUUUGAAACUAGCCAUCAUCUCUUCGGGGUCCUUGUUCCAGAACAUAACUGCAAGCGACAUGGAUACAAGCCUGGGUGCAAAGGUGUGUGAACAAGAGGCACAAGAUGCUGAGCACAAAGCCUUUCUCUACCAAAUGUUGCAGAGAUCGACAUCAGUGACCAAAGGCAUUGUGAUAGACCUGUUGCACAAGGUUUUCAAUAGUCAUCCCAUAGAUCACAGACUUGCUCUUGGUUAUUGCACUGUGUUGCCAAAAGAAAUGAGAUUUCAAAUGCUUUGGGAUAUUGUGAAUAAGACGUCACAAAAUUACAGCAAAAUCCAGGCUGUCGGUGUUGUUGGAGUGCAGCUCAGCCUUCUCAGCAACAUGACAAAGGAGCAGAAAGAGUUUGAAGACUUGAUCACAGAUGCCGAAUGGGGCCUAGAGCUUGGGAAACUUGGUAUUUCUUUCCAGAGUGUCUUCAGAAUGCCAUCAGUGAGGAAGGAGAAAUUUCUGACGACGUUGGUCAAGCAUCCAAAUGUGGAGACUGAACUCAUCAGGAAAUAUUGCAGUGCUUACCAAGUGGAUACGGAUGUGGUUCUGCAGCUUUACAUCAAAACGCACAUCCAAAACAUCAGCACGACUGGUGUUGAAGGAGAUGCUUUGGGGGACGCUGGGAAAUCCCCAAAAGAUGCCUUAGUAUUAAGUAAGGCUUUGGAAACCAUGCCUCUUCUGAACAGCACCACCAGCUUGGUUGCCAAUCUCAGUGCAACACUGCACAAGCUGGAUCCAUAUGACUAUGAGACUAUUGAAGCCCUUCUCUUGCUUAUAGAAAGGGCUGGUGUUGAAGCUGCAAGUGUCCCAUUGAAUUUGGCCCAAGCGCUGAUGCUCCUAAAACACCUGAAAUCAUACAAAAGAACGUCCGUUCCUGGAGCUCUGGAACACGAGUAUCUCUUAGGACAGGGUAUCUCUCUCUCGCCAACUGCUCAGACCCGGCUUCCCUUCCAUCUGAUCUUCUUUGGAGCAUCAAACAAUUUCUUCAAAAUCAUUACUGCAGAGCUAAGUGAGGACUCAUUCCCCAGACUACUUCUGAUGUCCAAACUCAUGAAGGUCUCUUUGAAUACCCUCUACAUGUUAGCAGCCAAUCAUUUGUUCCAACAAAAGCUGAAGCCCAAGAUCUUGGAUGCAACAAGGAGUGACUGUUGGAUAGUGGUUGACAAGGAAACUGCUAAAAUGAUGCAGACCAUUACGUCGUAUUUGCACUUUAUAACAAACCCCAAAUGGGCCACAGGGAUUGCCUACAAAAUGGCCGAAGAACUUCCUCCAGGGCCUAUGAAAGUCCAGGCCUGGGAGUACUGCAUCAGUUUGUCUGGACAAUGGCUGACAUCCACGACGCUAACGGAUGAAUUGCGUGAGAAGGUUGAAGAAUCUCUGAAGAAGCUGCAAGCGCACCACCAGCAGUCGGCCACAGAGGCUGUACUUAUGAUCCACAAGCUGAACUCGGAAGAGCACCGGAAACUCCUGGGGACACCGGGCAAGCUCAUUGUGUUGCUGUAUCAGCACAGCAGCAUUCUUGAAAGCUUUCAGGAUCCAAUGGGCAGGGACUACCCAGAUAUCCAUGCUGCAGCUACAGAAAUAGCCAAAAUCAAUGACCUGGAUAUAACAAAAAUAUGGAAUGUGCUGCUAGAGAAGUGGCUGUGUCCAAGUGAGCUCCCAACAGAUAAAACGUCAGGGGCCUUUGAAAAUGUCCAAGAAGAUGAAGAUUUGAAGAGGGUCAUAUAUCUCCUUCAAGCGCACCCAGAAGACAGCCGCUUAAGGAUCCUUUACAGUUGGGCCGUGUCGGAAAUAUCACCUAUUGGGUUAAAUCAGCUGAGCUUUGCUCACCGGAGCCAGGCCCUCAAGUGCCUGCUCUGCAUUGCUGACCCUCCUGCAGUGGAAUCGCUCUUCAAACAACCCAUUGAGAACGUGAAGCAACUCCUGAAGUGUUUGACUUACCUUUCGCAGUUUAAGGUGCUGAGUAUCCCGUACACCUAUGAAUCGUUUCACAGCACUCCCAAGGAGGGACUGGUCAAAGGAUUGUGGAAAAACCAUAGCCAUAAACCCAUGGCCGUGAAACUGAUGACCGAGCUCAGUUUAGACUACCAAGUCCACGACGCUCAGCUUUGGAACGGUUUGCUGCAGAAGCUGAUGAGUUUCCAAAUGAUCUCUUACCUGAGGAAGGUUUUAAGGGAGAUUUCUGGUAUCUAUUCGUUAUGGAAGAUCCCGAAUUUCAGCCGAGCCUGGCAAACGGUCAUUUGCGCACCUCUUCUUUCAGUUGUUCCUCCACCAAGUCCUGGCCAACUGGAAGCAUGCUGUGACUCUUUCAGAUUGCUCUUAAUGUGUCCACUCCCAACUCAUCUGGACCUUCUCAGGAUUGCUAAGCAGUAUGUUCAGUUGCAGCUGCCGGCGUUUGCUUUAGGCUGCCUCUUGCUGAUUCCGCAGCUGGAGAAAAGAGCCCAAGUGAUCCAGGGCCUCCUGGCCAAAUGGCCAUUUGAAGCUGUGAUGCAGCAGGUGGAUAAAUACAUGAGCUGGGGAGAGGUGGCCAGCCUGGCUUCGCAGAUUAGACAUUUGAUUUUGAACUAUAGAUCAAAUGUGAAGCAUGAAGAGAGCCCUAUCAGUGAAAGCCAUGGGGGAAAUGCACUUUAAUAAGGACAAGAAGCACACAAUAUAAACAGGAAUGUUACAGAAAGCAUGAACAUUCGACAAGAGGCUGACAACUCAAAGACCAUUACAACCAUCUGCAGAAAACAAACAAGUUCUGCCCAGUGAUUUAUUCAUGCUGUUCAGUGUUAAGAAUUUUUUCUUUAUUGAUAAUUCGCAUUGUAAAAAAAAAAGUUGAGAGUUGAAUAAAAUCAUGGAGUAACACUAUCAUUUUAUAUCCCAAUUUUAAGAUAGACAUAUGAAUUACAAAUUUUAGCAAAGCUCUCCUGACAUCCAGACAGUGUAGCAACCUUUCUAUUGCGGCUGACGGAUACCCAAAAUAGGGCCAGGAGAAUUGUCCCCUGGUUAAUAUGGAAAGCAGAAACUACCUUUGGUUAAAAAAAGUUAUAUCAGGUUAUAUUGUGGUGGAAUGACAGAUAAGGAGAAUUCCUUCUGAGCGCAGAGAACAGCUGUUUUCUUUUUUUUUUAAAUGAUCUUUAUUAGAGUUUGUACAUAUAUAAAUCCAGGAAAAGGGGUCAGGAAGGGUGGGGGGAGGAAGAGGGAGGGGGUUGAGUGGACGGGGGAAGUAAAGGAUCGGGGGGGGGGGGGGGAAGAGGGAAGAAGAAAAAAGAAAAAAAAAUAGAUAAAUAAUUAAACAAAAACCGUGCACAUCAAAACAUGUCGCUUCCCAAUAGUCUUCCGGGAGUCUUCGUCUCUUGUUAUCUCUCGUUGUUUUUGCCAACUCAGAUUUCCGUAAUUUCCUUAUUCAGAUGCUAGACAGAUCUAUUUGUAAUGGAACCUCCUUAGAUUUAAUAAAGUCUUUGAAACCUGA